AUGUCUUUUUCCAAUUCUAAAGACAAGUCUGUUGUUGCCGUCUAUAAAUUGGUCAAGGCGCCAAUUUAUUCCCAUUGCUUUUCUCAAGAUAAAUCUGUUUUAGCCGUUACGUGCGAAACAGAUUGUCUUGUGUAUAGAGUUUCAAACAACUCCUCUCCAGUUUUAUUCGCCACCUUGAAAGAUCAUGAUAAAACUAUUACCGCUGUGGACAUUUCGAUACAUGGCCGUAUUGUUACUUGCUCCCAAGACCGUAAUGCUUACGUUUGGGAGCCAUUGAGUGAUGGGACAUACAAGCCCACUUUAGUGCUUCUACGUAUUAACAGAGCAGCUACUUCAGUUACAUGGGCACCAAACGGUUAUAAGUUUGCGGUUGGGUCCAGUGCUAGAAUAAUUGCCGUUUGUUAUUACGAGCACGAGAAUAAUUGGUGGGUAUCCAAGCACAUCAAGAAACCCAUCAAAUCUACUAUCAAUUGCCUGUCUUGGCACUCCAAUGGAGUGCUAUUAGCUGCUGGUGGUACUGAUGGGUUUAUGCGUGUUUUCAGUGGGUUCAUCAAGGGUUUGGAUUCCAAGGAAUCCGUCGCCGGAUCACCCUGGGGCCAGAAAUUCCCUUUUGGUUGUUUGAUCAGGGAAUGGUAUCAGGGUUCUUAUAUCCAUGAUGUUGAAUGGAGAAGUCAAAUGGAAAGAAUUGCUUAUGUAGCGCAUGAUGGUACUUUGAAUGUUGUCGAUUACCAAUCUCCAGUGCAAUGUGUCAAUGCUCCGGAGGGGUUACCAUACAGAUCACUAGUGUGGAUCAACGACCACGAGAUUAUUUGCGGGGGGUACUCUUGUCAUCCGGUAUUAUUCAGCGAAGCCUCUGAAGGCUGGAAAUUUGCGAAGAACCUAGAUAAAUCUGACAAUGGCAAGUCUUCAACCUUGACCGGAUCAGGCAACACUAACGAGCUAAGUGGUAAUGAUGAUGAAGGUUCAACUUUUGGUAUUUCCGCAUUGAGGAAGUUCAAAGAAUUAGACUUAAAGGGUAAAGUUAGCACAGAUGUCCAAGAAAGCGCACAUGAAAAUGCCAUUGUGGAACUAAGACCUUUCGCAGUAUCCAACGGCCAAAUCACUCAAGUUUCCUCUUGUGGACUAGAUGGUAAGAUUGUCAUUUAUACAAUUUAA